CAUCCAGGGGGGGAACUCAAAUUAAAAUAAUUUGAUAACAGGGAGUAUAAAAACUUCGAGUUUUCAUGUUCUGACAUCAAUGAUCGUUCUUCUUUCUUGAAUAAUAACUCUGCAUUUUAUUUCUUCCGUAUCAGUGUCACGCGACUAAAUAAAAAUGCACGCUGGAUUUUUAUUUGUCCUCUUCGUUGGAGUCCUAGCAAGUACUUUGAUAAGUACCAAUGCUCAAAACUCAGCCCAAAGUGGUAGCUCAUCGCAAAGUGGUAGCUCAUCGCAAAGUGCAAGCUCAUCUCAAAGUGGUAGCAAUUCAAAUGUCAAUAGACCAAAUCCAUACCGGUUAACUAAUGCUGAGAAAGACAGAAUUCUAGCUUCAGGAUUUUUCCAUCAAGGCAGCAAACAAGUAGAUCUUGGUACCGUCUUCCUAAUUGCAUUGUACGAGAACUAUCCAGAGUACAAACAACAGUACCUAAGAUUCAAGGACAUACCAAACUAUUGUCUGCUCAAUAAUAAAGAAUUCAGAAAAGUGUCAUCUAAUUACACUCUUGCAUUGAAUGAUCUUGUCCGCUCUGUUCUUUUGGAGGAUAUCAGUUCCGUAGAUCUCUGGAGAAGAUGGCCAGACCCAAAUGCAAAAUCAGGAUACAGUCAACAGGAUAGAGACGUUGUCCAAGACGUUUUCAUCAGUACUCAGAGUUGCAACCAGGACAACUUCAGUCAAGCUGAUUUCGAUACCUGGAACAAAGCCUGGAACAUUAUUUGGCGUAAUUAUGUUGCAGGUGCCCGUCAAGCACAGAAUCAGUUAUAAUAAAAUCGCAAAUAAUUUAAUGAUUUUCUGGAAAAAAAAUAUGUCAAGCAUAUAUUUAAUAUUCAUAUUCAAUUUAACGCAUAUCUUCAGUAAUUGAUAUGUAUCAAUCACCGCAAGUUUGUGCAGAUGUUCGUAUGUAAUUAAAGAGUACAGAAAAUAAAAAUUCAAUCUAAACCACAAAAA